AUGCACAAAGAAGUUCCUUUACUUGAGAUUGAGCCACAAGAAGAAUCACCGCUGUUCUCUCUUUUACCCCCUGAAAUUCGCACCAAAAUCUUCACUUUUGUGCUGUCAGAUUAUGAAGAUACUGAUUCUCCAUACCACAUCGACACCUGCUACUCGCGACCUUCGUAUUUCGCUCCUCGCAAGACUAGCAUCGAGCUGCUGAGGACAUGCCGCGCCAUAUACCGAGAGACCUGGUUCCUCCCAUUCAUUCUCACGGAGCAGACGCACUGGAUUUCUGCUCCGGAUCGCGCACCUCCCGGUUACCAGAGCUGGCACAGCAUAAGGAAGCUGAGAGAGCUGCUCCCUGAAAUUAGUCGGCAGUUGAGCCAAGACAAAGUCGAAAUUGAGAGCCUUCACGCUUUUGCGCAGAUGUAUCGUGUAGAGGAAGGCGGAUUAGCCGAUCUGCUACAUACCCCCGGUUUACAUCCUCGCCGGCUAGCGUUAACAAUUCGCCACACGGACUGGUGGUUCUGGGAAAACGAUGAGCCGCUGCGCUUCGAAGCUGAUUGGAUUCCUAGAGCAGCAGCAGCAAUGUCACCUUCGACGCAAGAAUUUCGGCUUGAGCUCGAAUCACUAGAACGCAAAAAGGAUCAAAUUGACACCAUUGGCAAGCAUAUAGCCGAGAAUUGGUUCUUCAAGAAAUCUGAUGGCAAUGUUCUGUACGCGGACGUCUCGGGCAAAUGUCACGAAGUAUCCCGAUGGACCGGUACGAGUACGUGGCACAAUAAGCGAUGGACUCGUGAUGAAAACACGGAUGGCAAGCUGGAUUAUUACAUCUUAACUAUCACCUUUAUGUCGGAGUCCGCCCUGCAUAUUCCAGUGAAUCUCAAAAAGGCCCCAGAAGUGAACUCAGACUUGUUCCAUUUAUCCGGGGAAUUGGGCCCUAUGUAUGCGACCCCAAUGUUACCCUUGCCUAGCGAGUCGGAUGAGGAAGAUCUCUGA